AUGCACUCCUUUGCUACAGCCAGCGUCCUGCUGAGCAUCUGCGGCGCCCUGGUUGGCGCUGCCCCAGUCCCAACCCCCGCUUCCGUCGAGGAGCGAGCGACCACUUGUACUUUCACCUCAGCUGCUUCCGCUUCUGCUAGUAAGAAGUCUUGCUCCAACAUCAUCCUCAGCGGCAUUACCGUACCAGCUGGCAAAACAUUGGAUCUCACUGGCCUUAAGACGGGCACCACCGUCACAUUCAAAGGAACCACCAUUUUUGGUUACAAGGAAUGGACGGGGCCUUUGAUCAGCGUUUCUGGUACCGACAUUACUGUCAAAGGCGCCUCCGGCCACGUCAUUAACGGCAAUGGUGCCAAGUGGUGGGAUGGUAAAGGAAGCAACGGCGGGAAAACGAAGCCCAAGUUCUUCUACGCCCAUUCCCUCACCAACUCCGUCAUCAGCGGCUUGAAUGUCUUGAACACUCCGGUCCAAGGGUUCAGCAUUGACGGAGCAUCCAACCUCACGCUCUCAUCCAUCACCGUCGAUAACUCUGCUGGGGACUCUGAAGGCCACAAUACCGACGCCUUCGAUGUCGGCGAUUCAGACACUGUGACCAUCACCGGCGCUGUCGUCAAGAACCAAGACGACUGCCUCGCCAUUAACUCUGGCACCAAUAUCAUCUUCGAGAACGGGUCCUGCUCCGGUGGCCACGGCCUCUCCAUCGGAUCCGUCGGUGGCCGCUCCGACAACACUGUCAAGGGUGUCACAAUCAAGGACUCCAGCAUCAAGAACUCCCAGAACGGCGUCCGUAUCAAGACUAUCUCUGGCGACACGGGUUCUGUCUCCGACGUCACGUACUCGGGCAUCACGCUCUCUGGAAUCACCAAGUACGGUAUCGUUAUUGAGCAAGACUAUGAGAACGGCAGCCCGACUGGCACCCCAACCGGCGGGGUCCCCAUUACCGGUCUUACUCUCAGCGACGUCAAGGGUACGGUCUCUAGCAGCGCUACUGAUAUCUACGUCCUCUGCGCUUCUGGUGCUUGCUCUGACUGGACCUGGUCCGGUGUCAGCGUUACUGGUGGCAAGAAGAGCUCUGCUUGCGAGCACGUCCCAUCCGGCGCGUCUUGCUAA